CUGGGAGCCAAGCGUCGGCAGUUUGUUUACAAGGGAACAAUGGCGUCGAUGCCAGCCAGGUUGUGAGCUCCACUUGUCUUGCCAGUUCUACCCACUAUACCGUCAUCUCGCAGGAACUUGAAGCAAGCAAGACACUCCAGACGAUUCUGUAUGCAAAUUAAGGAAUGGCGCAAGAUCCUGUUCAGAUGUUCUGGAUUAUCCACAAUACGAGCGCUUUUUCAAGCAGAUACACCACAAGGAAUAAUCUGACUCUCGUCUUCUGAGUCAGAUGAUGAAUUUUCAACUGGAGGUGAAGAAGGGAAAAGUGGCUGCCUCACAUCUGAUGGUCCGGGUGUUGCAACAUUAUCGCUAGUAGAUGUGCUCGCAUAUGAUGUGCCAGUAGAUGUGCUCGCAUAUGAUGUGCCAGUAGAUGUGCUCGCUCGCAUAUGCAUCACUAGCAUGUGUGAUAUUAUUUUGCUGAGACCAAUUCUUAGGCUCAAAGUUCAAUAGUGAUGAAAUGACUACUUCGUGGAAUGGAGUAAAGCCCCUAUUCAUAGGCGAGAUGGAUGGCGAUCUGGGACCCCUGACCCUGCCCCUGCCCCAACCUUCGACGGAGCUUCCAGACAUAGCGCAGUUCCUCAGUAUAUACAUGUCGGAGGAGGACAGCCUGGCACUACAGGAGGGGCGGCAGAUGGCAACUCCGGCAGGCCAGGUGAUGCAACACAGCGUCUUCGGUGCCGGCGAAUCCGCACCGGCACCGUCGAGGGAUUCGGAUUUCAGCAUCAUGUCUUUAGUGUCGCAUAACCCCAAUAACACAAUGGGUGAACCACAGGUGUUCAAGACAUAUCCAAUGGCUGCUCCCCUCGCUACAGUACAGGUACCAGCGCGCACACCGACAGUGCCGAAAAUUUUGCCGACCAUUAAAGUAAUACAAGACCCCGUGAAACGCCCUGUGGCCCAAGACCAGGGAAAGCGUCAUGUGUGUGAGAUAUGCACAAAAUCCUUCUCGCGCUCUGAUAAACUGACUCUUCAUCGACGCACACACACGGGGGAAAAACCGUAUGCCUGCUUUUGUGGUAAGAGAUUUGCAAGAAGUGAUCACUUGAAAAUUCACUCUAUGAAGCACAAGAUUAACCCAGACGUUCGCCGGGCAAUGUUGUUGGAAGCCAAAAAUAAUAAGCAGAUGGGUACUCCAGUAAUAAUUAGUGAGGAACCUAACUUUUUUGAAAAACAGUGUGUUGACGCAGCAAUUCAAGUGAAAGUGGAAGAGGGUCUUAAUGUGAAAGAAGAGCCAAUGGACAGUGCCGAGCAGCUCAAUGUGCAAGGCUUCGAAGAUCCUAACAAGCAAGAGUGUAAUAUAUGCCAGAAAGUGUUUGGGUCCAUCUACAAGCUCUCUCGACACUUGCGUACUCACACGGGAGAAAAGCCGUAUGUGUGUUUCUGUGGAGAUCGGUUCAGCCGCUCUGAUGUUCUUCGCAUCCAUCAAAAGUCCAAACACAUACCUUAUUGUACGGAGGUUUAUGAGCACCCUGCCAGUACCGAGGUCCAGCAGGCGGCACCGGCUGCUCCAAAACCGAAGGUUAAGAAGCCAAAAAUUAUGAAAUCGGAUGGAAUUUAUACAUGCGAGUAUUGUGCCAAGGAGUUCAAGGCUGGAUACAAGCUCACCGUCCACUUGAGAUACCACACCGGAGAGAAGCCUUAUGUUUGUGAUUUUUGCGGCAAAGCUUUUGCAAGGAGGGACCAUAUGAAAAAACACCGGAAAAUCCACACCAAGUGAAUGUUUUGCUCCUUAUCCAUUCAGUUUUGAGGAGUUCAUUUUGUGAUUAGCAUGAGCACAAACUCAAGUUUUGCAUUAAAUUGUAAUACAUAGAAUGAAUUUGUUGCAAUUGCCAUGGAGGGGGAAGUCCAGAUUAGAAUAAUCAGAAAUAUUUUUAUAAUUUCAUAUUUAACAUAGGCCAAUAAUACAUACAGAAGCCUGACCAUUGUAAGCGUGUUGCUUGAGAAAAACAACAGUGGAACUAUAGUGUAUGCGUCUCUGUUAGCUUUUAAUUAAAAAUAUAAGUGUAAUAAUUUAUAUGCAUGCAUAUUUAUAAACCUUUCUUAACAUAAAUCUGCUAUUGCAUUUUAUAAGUACUAGUAGCAUUGUUAAAACAAAGGUUAAUAUUUUGAUACGGUUCAGUGAAAUAGACGUGUCGAGUGACUCUGGUUCGUUCUCUUCAUUGAAAUAAGGGCGACAUGGACCUUCUUUACCUGAUGUUGAAUAAUUA